AUGGGCACCGUCUUCAGCCUAUACCAGCAGUCAUUCCCUCCCAAGCCACGGUGGUCGGUGAAAGAUAUUCCGGACCAAACAGGAAAGGUUGUCCUCAUCACAGGAGGCAACACGGGACUAGGGCUCGAGACGGCAAAAGCUCUCGUCGCAAAGAACGCGAAGGUCUACAUCACGAGCCGGGAUGAACAGCGUGGGUCAGACGCGAUAGAUGAGCUGAAGCGGACGUCAAACAAUGCGGAGGUGUUUUUGAUUCAGUGUGAUCUCUCUGACCUUCGGUCAGUCAAGGCGGCGGCGGAGAACUUCCUCAGCAAAGAGACGCAGCUCCACAUACUGUUCAACAAUGCACCUGCAAUUCGGGUGAACGUGAUCGGCCACUACUACCUCACCAAACUGCUCCUGCCAGCCAUGCUCGCGACGGUGUCCAAUGAGACAGGCGGCAAGGCGCGCGUCGUGAAUACGAGCUCGUCAGCAAUGCUGCUGGCGCCCUCUGGAGGUAUCAACUACGACACGCUCGUCGAUGGACCCGCGCGACGGAAGUUCGAUAACGUCAAGCUGUAUCAACAGGCCAAGGCGGGUACUGUGAUAUUCUCUACUGAGCUCGCGAGACGUUACGGCGACCGUGGGAUAGUGUCGAUAUCGUUGAAUCCUGGUAAUAUCCGCACUGGUAUCCAACGUUACGUUGUUGGCCUUCAGGCGAAAAUUCUGGUAGGAUAUAAAGAAUAUGGCGAAGUGACACACUGA